CUAUACCCAAUAGACUUUAAAAAAAUACGAGCAAAGGCACGAGUCGAUGUUUCUCUCCUCGUUUUUGACACAGUUCACCACAUUUCAUCCACUUGGAAACGUAUUAUUCCUCCACGUCCUGGGCGUACCUAGUUUUUUUUUUCAUGACAGGGGAGUAAGGUGAGGGACGGGGUCACAGCGCCAUAAAUACUCGGAAACUCUCUGGAUACAGCCUGAGCAGCCGCGCGCGAAAAGGUGCGCUGUUUUUAUCCCCGCACAUUUGAACUUUUUACCGCAAGUUGAUCUUCUUCUGGGAAAUGAUGCAUUUUCACGUGCAAAACGUCUGAAUAUGUGUUUUUUCCCCGCCCGCACUGCGAUGUAGUUCAUCACAAAGUGAGAUAUUUGUCAGGAUGCAAGCGCGUUCCGCUCCCAACUGCGCCGUUCUCGCACUUGCGUGGAGCACUUUGACUUUCCUCUCCUGCGCUUUUUGCGGUCUGAGUGACAACCAUGUGCACUCCAGUUUUAUUUACAGGCGGUUGCGCAAUCACGAGCGCAGGGAGAUCCAGAGAGAGAUCCUUUCCAUCCUGGGCUUGCCUCACCGGCCGAGGCCCUUCUCUCCCGGGAAGCAGGCGUCCUCCGCGCCGCUCUUCAUGCUCGACCUCUACAACGCCAUGGCCGUGGAGGAAGAGGAGUUGCACAGGGGCGCAGGGAAGAGCUUCGGUGCCAAGGCCCAAGGGCACUCCAGGAAAAGUUACUACAACCCACAGCACGCGGGGUACACCCGUGUGGCACAGCCGUACCGAGCGGCCCCUCUGCUGGGCCACAGUCCAGCUGUCAGCACGGCGCACGACACCAGCUUCCUCAAUGACGCUGACCUGGUCAUGAGUUUUGUUAAUUUAGUGGAGAAAGAUAAAGACUUUUCUCACCAAAGAAGACACUACAAGGAGUUUCGUUUUGACCUGACUCAGAUCCCAGACGGAGAGGCAGUGACGGCAGCGGAGUUCAGGAUUUAUAAGGACCAGAGUCACGCGCGCUACAGCAACAUCAGCCUGAAAGUUGUGAUUUAUCAAGUCAUCAAGGAAUAUCAGAACAAAGACGCUGAGACAUUCUUUCUAGACUCCAAAAAGGUCCAGGCGUCUGAUGGGGGGUGGUUAGUGUUUGACAUAACAGCCACCAGUAACCACUGGGUGAUGAACCCACAGCAGAACUUUGGUCUCCAGCUCUGUGUGGAGACUAUAGAUGGAAGAAGUAUAAACAUAAAAUCUGCAGGAAUCAUCGGGAGGAACGGGCCGCAGUCCAAACAGCCGUUCAUGGUUGCUUUCUUUAAGGCCAGUGGGGUGUUGCUUCGCUCUGUCAGAGCUGCCAACGGGAAAAAAAAAACCCACAAUCGCAAUAAAUCUAACAACCAACAAGAAUCAAUGAGAACGCCAAAACCUGGAGAUUUGAACACAAGUGAACAGAAGCAAGCCUGUAAGAAACAUGAGCUUUACGUCAGCUUUCGGGACUUGGGUUGGCAGGACUGGAUUAUUGCACCAGAGGGGUAUGCUGCUUUUUACUGUGAUGGCGAAUGCUCAUUUCCGCUCAACGCUCACAUGAACGCUACAAACCACGCAAUUGUGCAAACCCUAGUCCAUCUAAUGUUUCCUGACAACGUGCCAAAGCCGUGCUGCGCCCCAACAAAGCUCAACGCAAUAUCAGUGCUUUACUUCGACGACAGCUCAAAUGUUAUUCUGAAAAAAUAUAGAAAUAUGGUGGUCAGAUCUUGUGGGUGCCAUUAGUAAUGAGGUGUUUAAAUUAUGGUGGUCCGAUGUGGGAAAUGCUGGAAAACACAUCUGCUGCAGGUGUGAUGUGAUGUACAGUAUUAUGUGUAUAAGGUUUUCUUGCUUAAUUUAUUUUUGUUUGAUGUUUUUAAGUUAGCACUGAAUAUUGUGAUAUUUAAAUCUUUAGCUUGAAAUGUUUAUUUUACUUUACAUAAAUUAUCUAAAACAUCCGUGUCCAUUGGCAUAUACUUUUUAAUCUUUAGUUCACUGGAGUCCAAAUUUGUGUUUCUUUUUUUUUUUUUUUUUAGCCACGUUUUCACUGUAGUCGUUCUGAGAAAUUCCUGCAAGGGAGAAAAGGGACCAAGAAACAUGAUGGCUGGCCUCUUAACCGUUUAAGGAAUUUGCUAAGACAUUUUGCGACUGCUUCAGCAGUGAGUGACAUAAUUGAUCAGUGCCUAAAGGCGUCCGCAGAGUGAUAAAAAAUGUUUUACUUUGUCAAGGUUUGCUGUCUUUUAAUCCAUUCGGGGGAUGAGGAGAGCAGAUGUGUGAUUUGAAAUGUGGCGUUUAAUGACCAGAAGAAGUGCCGUUUUUAAGGCGCUUUGUUAGAGACCACAAACGGGCCUUUUCAUUUCACCUGUACUUGUUGAGUUGUAAAUAUGUAAGAAUGUAUACUCAUUGGUUAAAUUCCAUAUUUCUGAGCUGAUUUGUGUGUUAUCAAACAUGCAAUAAUGGAUAAAGAUGUAGAACAAUGUAAUAAAAUUCACACUCUCAGAAAAUAAAUAUUAAAGUAACCAAGUUAUGUCAACUGGUCCCAUUAAACCUCCACCAUGGUGCCAACAGAAAAAAUGCUAAUUGCUAGCAGCCAUAAAGCAGGUACACAGUGCCUCCUAGGACACCUACCUGCUCCACAAAACUAACAAGUGCAGUUUUUGGUCAGCAAAGAGCUGCACAUUGGUGUCAGGUAUAAAAUCGGUCAAGUUUCUAACUCAACAAUCACCGAGAUCAACGUUAAAGCUCUAGUUUAAAGUUUUAAAAACAAUUCGGAACCAGAUUACAUGACUUUAUUAAGUUAAAGUAACAUUUCAUUUUUUUACAGGGUAGGACUGUUUAGUUAAUAUUUUGAGUAGUGCGGUGCUGUUGGGACAAUUAGCACAAGUAGGACAACUGUUGAAAAUGUCAGAUUGGUUCACUGGGAGACAAAAAUGUAUUUUCUGUUCGAAACCCAACCACCUAGAGCCAUUUUCAGGCUGUCACUGUCUUUUAGCAUUUCUUCAAUUUCAUUCUAUUUAAGCCAGAUUUUCUAUUUUAACACUAAAUUAUACCUAAAAGGGAUUUUUUUAUAUAUAGUUAUUUUUUCUGCAAUGAAAAAUGUAUUAUGAUUAACCAUUUGUUCCUAAUAUUUCUGGACUUUUUUUCCUAAUUUGAAACACAUUUUCUUCAUUGUUUGACUUAACUUUGUGAAGUAGAAUGUACUGAUGGUAUCUCUGUAUCUUAAUAAAGGUACUACUAGAAAAACAAAA